CUCUUACGUGGUCAACUGCAGAUUUGGUGUUCACCAUGCAUUUCAUAUUCCUUCUCGUCUCAUCCCUUCUCGUCCGACUCAGUUCCAGUGUCGUCAUUAACAUGCCCGAGGGUAUGUCUGAAAUCCUGUUCAGCAUCUACGAGUCCAACGCCGACAUGGUGACGUAUUGCAAAUUCACCAUUAAAGUCAAGGACGGCCUCAAGCCCAACCGAAUACCCUUUGAGAACGUCGAUUACGGUGGUGCGGCGAACGAGAAGAGCUACAAGGUCAAUGGCGCAUACUGGGUUACGAGCGUUAUCCUGAACUUCAGAAACGUUGCCGAGGGUGUGUGGGCCUUCUUUGGGGCAGGCGGACAUCGGAUACUCAUUUAUGUUGUUACUUUUCAGUGAUUGUCACUUUUCUUGAUU